CAACCGUGACACAUUUAUUGCACCUAAGUGGUCACCUAGCACCGCCAGCUCAAGGAUUGACAUUUCUUACUGACGACUCGCGACGGCUGCACCAGAAGGAUGCAAGACUCUCUGAUAUUGAUAGCAAAUGCAAAUGCAGAUGGUCUUAUAAUUGCGUGCGACCCUGUGACCGGCUCACAAGUAUCUGCAUAUAAAGGUAACGGGUCAUCCCGGAACGGGCUUGCCACGCUCGGAAACGACUACAUCGUGGCGGCGCAAACGCACAAGCACGCGUUGCACUUCUGGUCCUGGCACAGAGAGCAAGUGCUUCAGCGCUCCUUCGCGGCCGAGGCGCUCACCUGCCUGGCCUGCUCGCCAGACGGGGCGUACCUGGCUGCGGGCGGCGCCAGCGGCACCCUGUACCUGUGGGAGGUGGGCUCGGGCCGCCUGCUGCGGGCCUGGGCGGCGCACUACAAGGCUGCCACUGCGCUCCUGUUCGUGGGCGGCUGCGGUGUGCUGCUGAGCGGCGGCGAGGACACGCUGGUGCACGUGUGGCCGCUGGCGGAGCUGCUGGACCCCCUGCAGCUGGCGGACCCGCACUCGCCCGCCUUCGCCCGCCCCACCCCCCUGCACGCCUGGUCCGACCACACGCUGCCCGUCACGGCGCUGGCGGCGGGCGCGGGCGAGGCGGCGGCGGUGGUGGCCAGCGGCAGCGCGGACCGCACCGUCAAGCUGCGGCGGCUGGGCGACGGCGCGCUGCUGCGGGCGGUGGCGCUGCCGGCGGCCGUGAACGACCUGGUGCUGGAUGCGGGCGAGCAGUGGCUGUACGCGGCGGGCGGCGACGGCGCCAUCUACCAGGUGCCGCUGCUGGCCGCGGCCGAGCCGGCAGCCACAGCCGCGGCGGCAGGAACGGGAGCGGGAGGGCCCGAGGGCGCAGCGGCGAGGGACGGCGCAGCGGCCGGCACCAGCGGGGGUGGUGGUGCAGACGGAGGUGGUGGUGGUGGGCUGGCCGCCUUCCUGGGGCACAGCCGGUCCGUGACCUGUCUGGUGCUGGCACCGGCCCGGCUGACGGGGGCGGGGUCAGGAGCAGCAGCGGCAGCGGGGGUCGCCGGCGGGUCAGGCGGCGGCGGCGGCGGCUGUGACGCUGUACUGGUGUCCGGGUCGGAGGACGGCACCGUGCGUGUGUGGGACCUGCGCAGCCGGCAGCCGGUGCAGGUCAUCUCAGCCCCGGGCAAGGCGGCGGUGACGGGGGUCCAGGUCGUGUCGGUGGCGCGCCAGUGGCUGCCCAGCUCGGGGCGCGGCGGAGGCGGAGGCGGCGGGAGUGGAGGGGCCGUGGUGGCGGACGCCAACGGCGGAGCGGGCGCGGGGUCCAGUGGCGGCCGCGCGGGGCCCAAGCGGCCUCAGCCACUGGCAGCGCUCGCCAAACACCCAGGUGUGGGCGGCUCGGGGCGGCGCUGGGAGGGUGCCCCGGUGGUGCUGGACGGCAGCGCGGGCUGGGUGGGGCUGGCCAGCAGCGGCGGCGGACCCGAACUGCGCGCGGCGCCGCGGCUGGCGGCGCUGCAGGCGGCGGCGGCGGCGGCGCAGCCAGGGCUGUUGGGGGCGGGCGUGUGCGGCGGCAGUGCGGCGGCGCUGGGUCAGGGGCAUGGUAGCUGGGAGGCAGCUUUGUCAUGAGUCAGCGUGCUAGGUGGCGUAUGGAGGUGAGGUGCUGGUGGCGGAUGUGGUUUGCAUGUGCGGCCGGUACUAUCAUGAAUUGCGCGUAGUACUGCGGUACGGGUGCGCGAUGGGACAGUGUUAAGGCAGGUUGGUGAAUUGGGCGUAGCACUGCGGUACGGGUACGGAAUCAACUGCAGUGGAUUCGGGCGAGGCGCCCCGCCCCGCUACUGCAUGCGCGUGCCCAUCUGAGAGUCCGUCGCCUCGGAAGGACAAGCAGCGUGAGGUAGCAGUAACAGGCCCGAAUUGCAGGUUCAGGGGCGCUAGGACGCAGCUGUAAGGCUGUGGAGAG